AUGAAGUUCAACGCCGCGGUGUCUUUUUAUUGCAAGACUGUUAAUUCCACUCCUAUUCGUCUUUGUAAUCCUAGCCUAAGGCGCCUCAAUCAUUAUGGACGGAUCUCAUCUCUACACGAGGAUGAAGGUACUUUUUAUACGGUCUUCCGACACUUCACAUGGAAAAUUCCCUUUAUAUCGUCGUCGUCAUCCAAUACCACGACCUCCAGUGCUCCCUGCAGUUCUUGCCGUCCAUCUAACGAAACGACGACAAGUCAGCGGUUCUCGGCUAAGGAAACGGAUUUGAAAUCGAAAUUCAUGGAUGAACGCCUCGCUGGGGCUUGUUUGGAUCUUCUGAAGCUGUGUGGAAACUCGGGAAGCGUCUGGAGAGCGCGUAAGCCGCUCGAUCGCGCCUCGAAGGAGCGUUUGUGGAAAGUAACCGACAUGCUGCUGCAUGAAUCUCAACUCACCCCGGCGGAUCAGUUUGAUAUCGUUUACGACGCCCUCUGCUGCCCCGCCGCACGGAAAGAAAUGCAAAUGCGGCGCAUUCUGAUGGUGGUUUUGGAGAGUGUGUUGCCCAUGGAUGUGUUUCGUCUCUUUGAGGCCGAGGAUCUCAUCCUUCCCGAAGUUCCGGAUGUUCACGAUGCAAAGAAUGUGGCACUGCGGUCGAUGCUGCGGCGGUUUAUCCAUUCCUUCCUCGGAGAGCUCGACGCGCCCGACGGGUUAACGAAGGAGGAAGUGCUUCGCGCCUAUACGGAGGACUUCAAACACGCGUUUCCAACAGCCGCCCUCAGUCCGGCAUUUGUGGAGCUGGAAAAAAAAGCCAUGCGAAUCGCGAUGCGCGCGAAACUGAUCAAACUUCUCAUGGACUUAUACGCCGCGUUUGACACGCAGCGAACGGGUAAAGUGAAAUUGAUCGAGCUUCGGCAUACCGUCGAGCAAGUAAUGGGAAAGGAGAAGGCCCGUCAGCUCCUCGAAGACAUCCCCACGGACUCGGAGGGGAAUCUCGCGUAUGCGCAGUUCACCUGGCUCCUGGCGCGACUGACUUCGUUACGUAAAAGCGAUAAUCUCAAUAAAUGAUCAAAUUUCAACCCUGUGGCUUGGUGAUAUCGGUAUAUCUAUCUUUAUCGGUAACUAAAACAUGCGUUACCUGCAAGAGUAGGUCGCUGAUUAAA